GUUACAGAGAGACGAAGAAGUGGGGAUUCUCUGAUUUUUCUUGCCUUCCCUUCCUUCCUUCCUUCAUUCCUUCCCCUUUUCUCCUCCGAUACUAUUCCUAUUUUGUUUGCCGUAAUUUUCUUGACGGGUUCCAGCUGCCCAGAUUUUGCUAGCUUGUGGAAUUUGGCGAAUAGGGAAUUUUCAUUUCAGGGGUUAUUGUUUUGAUUGGGGUUGUAUCGCCCGCUUGCCCGCCGGGCGGGUUUUCGAUUCUUGUUGUUUGAGUGCAUUUACAUGGUAAUUCUUUGGCGGGGAUCGUAAUCGGGAGGAUCGGAGACCAUGCUGUCGUUGCAGAGCGAUCCGCGGCAGUACAAUCUGAAUCUGCAGCAGCUACAACAACAACAGCAGCAGCAGCAGCAUCAGCAUCAGUUGGUGCCGCAGCAGGUUACCAGGGCGCCGUACAAUGCGGUAUCUGAUCAUCUCCGCGACGAUCCGUCCCUGGCCUUGGCCGCCUCGAGUAAUAUCACGCAAGAAUUCUCUCGAGAAGUUGACGAAGAUGUGCUCUUGAACCUUGCUCAUCAGAAUUAUAAAGCUGGAAAUUAUAAGCAGGCGCUAGAGCAUAGCAAAGCAGUCUAUGAAAGGGUCCCCCGUCGCACUGAUAACCUUCUUCUGUUGGGUGCAAUUUAUUAUCAGUUGCAUGACUUUGAUUCGUGCAUCUCAAAAAAUGAGGAAGCCCUUCGAAUUGACCCGCAGUUUGCUGAGUGUUAUGGAAAUAUGGCAAAUGCUUGGAAGGAGAAAGGCAACAUUGAUGUUGCCAUUCGCUAUUAUUUGGUUGCAAUUGAGCUUCGGCCUAAUUUUGCUGAUGCAUGGUCAAACUUAGCCAGUGCUUACAUGCGGAAAGGAAGGUUAACUGAGGCUGCCCAAUGUUGUCGUCAAGCUCUUGCUCUAAAUCCUCGUUUGGUUGAUGCUCAUAGCAACCUAGGAAAUCUGAUGAAAGCACAAGGGCUAGUGCAAGAGGCUUACAAUUGUUAUUUGGAGGCUCUCCGCAUACAACCUACCUUUGCUAUUGCUUGGUCCAAUCUUGCUGGACUUUUCAUGGAGGCUGGUGAUCUUAACAGAGCUUUGCAGUAUUACAAGGAGGCUGUGAAGUUGAAGCCCAAUUUCUCUGAUGCCUACUUGAAUUUGGGAAAUGUUUAUAAGGCCUUGGGAAUGCAACAGGAGGCUAUUGUAUGCUAUCAGCGUGCUUUGCAGUCACGACCAGACAAUGCUAUGGCUUUUGGAAACUUGGCCAGUGUAUACUACGAGCAGGCCAACCUUGAUAUGGCAAUACUAAACUAUAAGCGAGCAAUUUCUUGUGAUACUACAUUCCUGGAGGCAUACAAUAACUUGGGUAAUGCUUUGAAGGAUGCUGGAAGAGUUGAGGAAGCAAUUCACUGCUAUCGACAAUGCCUUUCUCUUCAACCUAGUCACCCGCAAGCACUUACUAACCUUGGAAAUAUUUAUAUGGAGUGGAACAUGAUGAGUGCAGCUGCUCAGUGCUACAAGGCUACACUUGCUGUUACAACCGGGCUUUCUGCCCCUUUCAACAAUCUAGCUAUCAUAUACAAACAGCAGGGUAAUUAUGCAGAUGCUAUAUCUUGCUACAAUGAGGCUCUUAGAAUUGACCCAUUGGCAGCUGAUGGCCUUGUGAAUCGUGGAAACACUUACAAAGAAAUUGGUAGGGUUAAUGAUGCAAUUCAAGAUUAUCAGCGUGCUAUUGCCAUCCGGCCAGCCAUGGCUGAAGCUCAUGCUAAUUUGGCUUCAGCUUACAAGGACAGUGGUCUUGUGGAAGCUGCAAUCAAAAGCUAUAGACAGGCAUUGGUGUUGCGUGCAGAUUUCCCGGAGGCUACUUGUAACCUUCUCCAUACUUUGCAGUGUGUCUGUGACUGGGAUUCACGGGAUGAUAUGUUUGCUGAAGUUGAAGCGAUACUGAGGAGACAAAUCAAGAUGUCUGUUAUUCCAAGUGUGCAGCCUUUCCAUGCAAUAGCUUAUCCCCUUGACCCCAUGCUUGCUCUGGACAUCAGCCGGAAAUAUGCUGCCCACUGCUCUGUUGUAGCGUCCCGUUAUUCACUGCCUCCAUUUAACCAUCCUCCUCCAUUGCCUGUAAGGGGUGGGGGCAGGAAUGGCCGAUUAAGAAUUGGAUAUGUGAGCAGUGACUUUGGGAACCACCCCUUGUCACACCUCAUGGGUUCAGUAUUUGGUAUGCACAACCGAGAGAAUGUUGAGGUUUUCUGCUAUGCAUUAAGUCCAAAUGAUGGUACUGAGUGGAGACUGCGGAUCCAAUCAGAAGCAGAGCAUUUUAUUGAUGUAUCAUCCAUGGCAUCUGAUACGAUUGCUAGGAUGAUUAAUGAUGAUCAGAUACAAAUCCUGAUCAAUCUGAAUGGGUAUACUAAGGGGGCAAGAAAUGAGAUAUUUGCCAUGCAGCCUGCUCCAAUUCAGGUCUCCUACAUGGGUUUUCCGGGGACCACAGGGGCGUCCUACAUACAUUAUUUGGUGACUGAUGAGUUUGUCUCGCCAAUGCGGUACUCGCAUAUAUACUCCGAGAAGAUUGUCCAUCUUCCUCAUUGCUAUUUUGUGAAUGACUAUAAACAGAAAAAUCUUGAUGUUCUGGAUCCAAGCUGCCAACCCAAGCGAUCUGACUAUGGGCUGCCUGAGGACAAAUUUAUAUUUGCCUGUUUCAACCAACUUUACAAGAUGGAUCCCGAAGUUUUUACCACCUGGUGCAAUAUUCUCAAGCGUGUCCCAAACAGUGCACUCUGGCUUCUUAGAUUUCCAGCUGCAGGCGAGAUGAGGCUUCGUGGAUAUGCUGCUGCGCAGGGCGUGCAAUCCGACCAAAUAAUUUUCACAGAUGUUGCAAUGAAACAGGAGCAUAUAAGGCGCAGUUCAUUAGCAGACCUCUUUCUUGAUACGCCACUUUGCAACGCACACACCACGGGGACGGAUGUUCUUUGGGCAGGUCUACCUAUGAUCACUCUUCCUCUGGAGAAGAUGGCUACCAGAGUUGCUGGUUCUUUGUGUUUGGCAACAGGAGUCGGGGAAGAGAUGAUUGUGAAUAGCAUGAAAGAAUAUGAGGAGAGGGCAGUUUCCCUGGCCCUAAAUCGGGGAAAGCUCCAAGAUCUUACCAACAGACUGAAGGCUGCAAGAUUAAGCUGCCCUCUUUUCGACACACAACGCUGGGUGAGGAAUCUGGAUCGAGCCUACUUCAAAAUGUGGAACUUAUACUGCUCUGGGCAGCAGCCUCAGCCAUUCAAAGUUAGUGAGAAUGACAUGGAAUUUCCAUACGACCGCUAGGGGAGGAGUGUGCGUUAUAAGGAAGGUAUUGUAAUCGUAAUUGUAAUCGUAAUCAUGAUCGAUUCGGCAUUGUAGAUAAAAAGAAGCAAGAGGUGAGAUUGAUUGUGAGCUAGUGAGUCAUAUGUUUGUCCGACUCAGUCACAAAGGAGGAUGUACUAACAGCUUGGCUCUGAAUACCUCUACCUUACCUACCUACCAUUAUUAACCUUCUCCAUGUGUGUGGUGGAAUUGGGUAUGUUGUGUCAUGUUAUGUCGAACAACAGGCAAGUUUGGCACUGCUGUCUAUCUAUCCAUCUAUAUCUAUGAGUUCAUCUCAAUCGAUUCAUCUA